UUCUGCGGAGUCCUGGUGCUGCUUCUGUUUCAGGAGAGAAAAACUAUUCUGCCCAGAGAACCAGAGCUCUGGGCAAGCAGAGACUCCUUGAGAGGGUUGGUACAGCUCUUGAUGGCCUUUGAUAGCAAUUGCCAUGAAAGAAUCUGACAUGUUGAGCCUCUGGCGAGGAGGAGGAGGAGGAGGAAUUUCUGCUUGUAUUAAGGGGGAGGGGACACAGUCUCUGGAUAAGUAAGGAUAAGGGAGUAUUGGGGGAAGAUCAGUGAGAAGAGGAAGUGUGUCUGUAGGGAGGUAGAUUUGUGAUCUCUGUGUCUCACCUAACAAUCUCUGCAGUCUGUGUUUUAGACACAGCGAAAUAAGCUGCGGUAUUUGGGGACCAUGGCUACAGACCCACUCUCGGAGCUUCAGGAUGACCUGAACUUGGAUGAUACCAACCAGUCCCUCAGCCAGCUCAAACUGACCUCCAUAGAUGAUAAGAACUGGCCAUCAGAUGAAGUCCCUGCUUUUCCCAAAUCAGAUGACUCCAAAGGCUCCCCUGAGCCUGUCACUCACCUGCAGUGGGAUGAUCCCUACUAUGAUAUCGCCAGGCACCACAUUGUGGAAGUAGCAGGUGAUGACAAAUAUGGAAGAAAAGUAAUUUUGUUCAGUGCCUGCAGGAUGCCCCCAAGUCAUCAACUAGAUCACGUGAAACUGCUGGGGUACCUGAAAUUCACACUGGACCAGUACGUGGAGAGUGACUACACUCUGGUGUACCUGCACCAUGGCCUGACCAGUGAGAACAAGCCAUCCCUGAGCUGGUUGCGGGAUGCCUACAGGGAAUUUGAUCGCAAGUACAAGAAAAACAUCAAAGCCUUGUAUAUUGUGCACCCAACCAUGUUCAUCAAGACCCUCCUGAUACUCUUCAAGCCUCUGAUCAGCUUUAAAUUUGGACGAAAGAUUUUUUAUGUGAAUUACCUUAGUGAGCUGGAGGAGUAUGUGAAGCUGGAACAGUUGGGGAUCCCAAGCCAAGUACUAAAGUAUGAUGAAUACCUGAGAUCCCUGCAGAAACCUUUGCAAGUGCCCCAGAAGCCAACACCCCCACGCCCACCACUGCCAAACCAGCAGUUUGGAGUCUCCCUACAGCAUCUCAGGGAGAAGAGCCCUGAUCAGUCUCCUGUUCCUCUGGUGGUCAGAGACACCAUUGCUCACUUGCGGGAGCAUGCUCUUGAUACAGAGGGCAUUUUCCGGAGAUCAGCAAAUACACAGGUUGUCAAAGAGGUCCAGCAAAAAUACAAUAUGGGUGUACCUGUAGAUUUCCAGGAGUAUGAAGAUGUCCACCUCCCUGCUGUGAUUCUCAAGACCUUCUUGAGGGAGCUACCUGAGCCCCUCCUCACUUUUGGCCUCUACAGCCAUGUUGUCAGCUUCCAGAGUGUGGAGGAGGUGAAACGUGUGGAAGUUGUUCGCAAAACCCUCCAGGAUUUGCCGGAAGAAAACUACCAAGUGCUCCGUUUACUGACAGCCUUUCUGGUGCAGGUCUCUGCUCACAGCGACAGAAACAAGAUGACAAACACCAACCUGGCAGUUGUGUUUGGCCCAAAUUUGCUCUGGGCCAAAGAUGUGGCCAUCACUCUAAAAGCCAUCAAUCCCAUCAAUACCUUUACCAAAUUCCUGCUGGACCACCAGAAGGAGCUGUUUGAGGCUGCGGAGGCCUGAAUCCAGGCCAGCCCACACCUGCACACUGUGCCCACCUUUCCCCUUCUUUGUCUUGGAGCUGUGACCAAGCUGUCUCCAGUACAAAGGGACCACUGAUCUUCUGGGUGAUGAGCAGAGUGAGGGCUGUGGAGAUGAUGGUGAAAGUGUGCAAGUAAGUGAGCAGGAGACCUGCAGCUCUGGAUGGGCAGGGGAGCUGGUCUCCCAGCUGCUGAGACCGGAGUCCUAACCCACCUGCGCAGCUCCUCCAGUGCUCAUCACCAGUCUUCUGCCCUCUCAGAUGACCUGCCUUCUUUUCCUCCUUCCCUUAUGUGCAGUUUUUCUGCCCUCCUGGUCCCUUCCUCAGCUCAGAUCUUUUUGUUCAAGCUCCCAAUAGCCCGAGCUCACCCCUCCUUGCCUCAGCUGGGCUGUUUGGGCUAGGGUGGGGUUGCUGGGUUUUAUGAUGAAGACAUUCUUACUGUGAGUGCCAUUUCUCAGCACUGAGCAUGCAUCCUGCCUUUCCCCAGAGACACCUAAAGCAGGGAAGGGAGCAGCAGGAGCCCUUGUGCUUCAGGUAGCAGCAUGUCCUGCACUUGCAAACACCACUCUAGACCCGCUGCUUUUGGCAGGCAGGUGAAGGACAGGCUCAUGGCAAUGGGCUGUCAGACUCCAUAACAAUGAAGGUGAGUUUAGCCCAAAGCCCAGCCCCUCUGGGGUCACCCACUCCAGGUACUAUUGAGUAUUUGCUGGACUGCAGUGGGUGACUUGCCUCUGUAGUUAUCCAGCUCAGGUGUGUUUGUCCCUCCAGCAGCACUUCCAGCCUGGCUGGGAAGGUUCAUGCCAGGCUUGGCUGUGCAUACAGGCCAGCUGUGACCCUUUGACAGCUGGUGAGUCUGAAUGGCAGGAGCAAGUGCCCUGGUGGCACUGAGCUGCUGAAUACCAUGAGGAUCACCAUCUGUCCUGGCAGCAGCACGAGGCCUCUUCUGGCACAAUUAUCUGUGCUGACUGGCACAGGCCGCCUUGACUAGUUAGUUGUCUUUUUGAGCACAACUUUUCCCAGCACAGUGUAACAGAGAGCAUGGCCUUGAUGGAAGGUCUGUGGACUGGGGCUAACCCUCACCAUGGAAUGUACCAGGCCUGGAUUACAAAUUUCUGCCCAGGUGCUGAGCACUUGUGCCAAAGCUGUGAGGGAACAGCUCUUCCAUGCCAAGGGCCUUUGCUGUGUCUCCUCCUGGGUUCAUACUUUCCACCCUGGGAUCUGGUCAGAGACAUCCUGUAUGCCCUGGGCACAGCUGGAGAGAUCAUGUUCUCUGCAAGGCAAGCUCAGAGUGGGGUGGUCCUGGCACCUCCCUGGGGCAGCUGUGAUACUGUCACAGCAUCUCUGUUGGGUUUGCAUUGCCUCAUUCCCAUUACCUGAGCUAAAAGAGAUCCUUCUCCUCAGCCUGGGCCUGUCUGUGUUUUAGGAGGGAGCUUCUAGCCUUACUUCACUGGUGUGAUUUACCUUUGUAUCUUGUGCCCUGUGUGCCUGGGCCAGACCUCCGUGCUGCAUCUGGCCUCAGGGACAAAUCUUUUGGACCAAGCAGAACUGUUUUUUUAAAGCUACUGGAUGCUAAAGAGAAACUGCUUUUUCAUAAUAUUUUAGCCUGCCUUUAAACACUGACCAAGGGUCAGUGCCCCUGGUGUACUCAAAGUAAGUGGCACCUGCUGCAGGAAUUAAGGAGAUUGCUCUUUUUGCUAAACUCUGGAAUGGGGAUGGGUGCAAAUGUAGGCAGCUCUGCAAGGCAGUGCAGGUCCAGGCAGCUGCCUUGGAGGAGGUACACCAACAUGUGGGUGGGAACAGUGCGCAGGAAAGUGAAUAUUACUAAGACUUUGAGCUAGAGAGGUUCUAAGAUAGGACUGGAUCUGAUCCUUUCUAGAUACCAGGAGACUUUGCCAUAUGGAGGCUACCAGGCUGCUGACUUCUUCAAGUUUCCCUCUUCCAAGAAUAGGAGCCUUCUCUGUUUGGCCAGGAUAUGAAUUGUUUAAUCCUGAACAAUUCACAGCAGUAGCUAAGUAAAUGUUUUGGAGGGAGAGAUAAUCUGCUCCUAAUUUCACUUGUGGUCUCUUCUAGAGUGAGUUAGCAGGGCUGAUGUGCUGUGGAGGAGUAAUCUGUGGUGGACUAGUGUGGAGAGAGGUGUACUUCCCCCAGUGUUUAAGGGGCCAGGCCAUGGAGGCUGAGGGAGCCCAGUGCAGCCCCUCUUUCCCUGUAGGCAUCCUGCUCUGUGGAGGCUUUGGUAGGGGGAGAAGAAGACUUGGUUCUCUGACUGUAUCUGCAGCUGACACUGGCUUCACCUUCAUCUCUGUAGAGGAAAGGCAAGCCCAGUUAACUUCUGGAACAAAUGCCCAAGCUCAGCAGCCUGGAAUUCAAGUGCCUGUGUGCAUGAGGCCUGGCCCUAUGCACUCUCUGGGGAAGGUGGCAUGUUCUGGCCUUGCAGAGCAGCAAGGACUGUUCCCUGCCCAGUAGCCAGAGGAGCAGUGCUGGAGUAGCUCCUGUCCAUGGGGAAAGUGGAGGGAAUACUGCAAGCAUCUGAGUUCUGGCUGAACUUUGGUGGUUUAUUUUAGGGUUUUUUUGGGAUUUAGGUUGGUUUUUUGGGUUUUUUUUGGUUUGUUUUUUUUAGUGAAUUCUUGAAAUGACGUUUCCUUUUUUAGCAAAAUAGAGGUUGGUUCAUCCCCUGCUGGCAGGGAUAAAAACCUGCUCCAGUUCAGUGCUUGCAGGGAGCAGAUUUGGAGAGUGUUCAGGGAACUACUACUGCUCAUGGUGGGAAAGUGCUUGCAAAUCCUGGAAGGGACCCACUGUAAAUAUCCCCUUUCCUCUGCUACUCCUUGUGCUGGAGCUGCUGAGGGCCCUGGAGCAGGCACAGUAACCAGGGUUGCUUUUGCAGUCUGUUCCUCUGAAUGCCUUGUAUUGAAAUAUUCCUCCUGUGAAAGAACUGGCCCGGGCCUGCCUGCAGCCUGUGUCAGGUGGGUGGUUGCCAGAGCCUGCACCUGCCAAAGCCAGGGGGUUAAAUUCCCUCCUCACAUGGGCAAGGUGCUGGCUGGGCUGGGUUUCUCUGCCUUGUAUAGGUCGGGGGUGGUAUACAGUUAAGGUGCUGGUCUCUGUUGGUUUUCUCCUUGCUAUAGAGCUGCCCAAGGGUCUCUUCCCUGGCUUACCUGUCAGGUUAGCUAUUAGCCAUUUCUUCCUGUGGGGGUACUUGUUCUGCAUCAACCUCCUGCUUUUAGCACCUAGAACAUUCCCCUCUGCUAAGCCUCCUGCUGUCUUUAAUGGCCUCUGAUCACUCCCUGGCCCAAGCUGUGAACUGACACCAGAGCUUCUGGGUGGUGCAGGGGGUCUGGGGCCAUCCAGAUGUCUUGUGUGCUAACAUGAGAGAGCUGAGGGCCAGAUUGGUCCCAGCUUCCUUUUUUAUGCACAGGGGCUCCUGUGCAAAAAUUUCGGCUUUGCUUUUGUUGCUGGUGUUCCCUGCCUUCUUCUUUGUUGUUGUUCAUCAGGUGCAGGCCUGGGUUUUCACAGUUCACACUGUUUAUUUUCUUUUAAUCUGCACCAAUCUUGUAUUUCACAGUUUGCACUUUUUGUAUUUCAAUAAAAAUCAAAAUGUAA